AUGAGUUUCACCCCUUCGUCCAAUCUUUCGCUUUCGAAUGCACCAACGGUUUCUGUUUGUCUUGUCGGAAACUCAACUGUUGGCAAGACGAGUUUAAUUAUUAAAUUCAGAACGAGUGAAUUUAAUGAAGAAUAUGUACCCAGGCAAUAUACAGGAAGUUAUGUGGUGUAUAAAUAUGAUGGAUACAGUAUUAAAUUAUUAUUCUAUGAUACGAUUGGAUUGGAUGAUUUUGAACAUGUUAAUUCACAAUUCGAAAAGGUUGCGGAUAUUUACUUGUUGUGUUUUGCACUCGAUGAUCGUCAAAGUUUCCUCGAUUUGGUAAAAUAUAUUCGACAAUUAAAUUCCAUUAAAGGAUUACCAUUAAAUGAGAAGGUAGUUUUCCUGGUAGGAACAAAAUCAGAUAGUUUCGAAUGUGAAAAUUCAAAAUCAGUCAGUGGAAAUGAUUUGAAAAGUAUUCAAAGAGAUGUCAAGAGAAAAAUAAGUUAUCCCUUAAUUUCUGGAUAUAUCGAAUGUAGUUCCAAAGAUGGAACUAACAUUAAUCAAAUUUUUACUGAAGUUUUAAAGAUUUAUUACAAGAGAAUGAAGAUUGAGAAACUUGGAAAGGAUGAAAACUGUCUCCUAAUGUAA